AUGGACGCUGCGGCAUUGGCAGCAUUGCUGUCAGACUCGACACAAAAGCUCAUCGGCUUGCAUUCACAGAUCGGUCAUCCACCCGAGGCAUUACAAGGAGCGCUCGACGCGCUUCAUCAGGCGCUCAAAACAGCCGUCGAUGACCAGAUCGGAAAAGUGCAGCGAGAGGCUCAAGAUCUGAGCGCAGAAUGCUCUCGGAUCCAUGCCGACAAUGCGCGGAUCAGACGCGCGAUAGGCGACAAGUCUCACGCCCCAAGUCCUUCACUCCAGAAUGCCAUCGGGAAGCGCAUGAUGUCUGCCGCCUCACCUUCGGCUUCCACCUCCGAACCAGCGCAAAUAGAUGACUCCCAACCUCUGUUGCAGCGCCGUGCACAGCUGCAGAUCGACCAGACGCGCUUGAAAGCUACGUAUACCGCUAAGGAGGUGCGCCUCGAUCAGCUGUCUCUCAAGCUUCAGGCCUAUGUGCCGCUUCUCGGAAGCUUUGUCAAAGUUCCCGAAGACAGCUCGCAGGAACCAAUAAAUACAACAGACGCUGCCGCCCCCAUUUUCCGCGACGUAUCCCAGCCACGCAUUGCACUGUUCGAAGCAGAGAUCAUCCGAUGCUCCAAAGAGGUCAACGCUCGCUCAGAACGUCUGCAGACGAGCUUGCUCGAAAUCGUACAGCUUUGGUCCGAACUCAAUCUUGAACCAGCGCAACCAGCAGCUCUCACCGACGACCGCGUCUUCGAGUCAGAACAGGUCGGUGACCAGGUCGACUGCGGAGGCGGAACCCUCCAGUUUGAUCGCGCCAUCCUUUCCCAUCUCCAGCUGGAACCCAUUCACGACCACGACACGCGCAGAUUCUUGGGCGAAUUCGUCAGCACUGAGCAGCCUGAGCGUCGCGAUGCUUCCUCAUCACGCGCCAACACCCAAGCCAUCGACGACCUCCUCGACCAAACGCCUACACGCGCAUCCCUUGGCGGUCAGCCUGCAAGAAACAGCGGAGACCUCGCACUGCAGCUACCGUCAUCGAGCGACACCGCUUCCGCUCCUGCUUCUCCCUCGCAUCUCCUCGAACCGUCCGAAGUCAACCUGGCACUUGCAGCAACCAAGCUCCAGUGGCUCGAAGCAGAAAAGCAGCGUCGCGAGAUGCUCAUCCAGGACUUGUACGAUGAGCUCAGCGAGCUGUGGGCCAAGUUCGACGUGCCAGAGGAGGAGAUGGAUGCAUUUGUCAUGGAUCACAGAGGUAGCACCAUGGACGUCAUCGAAGCCUACCAGGCCGAGCUCGAAAAGAUGAGGCAGCUCAAGGCGCAGCACAUGUCGCUCUUCAUAACAAAGACGCGAGAACGCAUCGCUACGCUCUGGGACUCGCUCUUCCUCACCGAUGAGGAGCGUCAAGCCUCCUUCCCGCCCUAUUUCAUCGACGUUUCCGCCGAUGCGGAUCCCAACCUCGACGAGCCGCUGCCCACCGAUGAGAUCCUUGCUUCCCACGAGCGGAUGAUCGACAUGCUCACAGAGCAGGUGCAAGUCAAAGCGCCCGUCCUCAAAGUCAUCGGUCGCUAUAAGGAACUUCUCGACGAGCAGAGGCAGCUCGACGAAUCCGCCCAAGAUGGCUCGCGUCUGCUCGGCCGUUCCAAUCGCGGCGAUCCCGGUCGACUGCUGCGCGAAGAAAAGAUGCGCAAGCGUGUCAAGAUCCAGAAGCCCAAGAUCGAGGCGGAACUGCUCAAGGUCAUUCCAGCAUGGGAGGAGGAGCGCGGAGAACCGUUCACCAUCAAUGGCGUACGCUACCUCGAUGAGCUUCUCGAGCAGGUGGAGGGAUCCAAGGAGAAUGCCACUCGCAAAAGGACAAGGACCGUUUCAAGCGCUCAGCCACCCGCUCCUCCCGUCAGCGCGCCUGCGAGCGUCAAGCGAGGCCCGUUGGCGCCCUCCACGACCUCGAAUCGAGCGGUCGCGGCCACGCCGAUGCGAUCCAUGACACCUCACCAGAGUACAAUCAAGAAGCCUCGAAUCGCGGCACCACCAGCAACAGUAGCGGCGCCGUCUUCCAGGACACCAUCAGUGAGGCAAGGCGCAGUGCCGGCAUCCGUGUCCAGAAUGACAUCGGCACGUGUCCCCAUGUCAGCAGCUCCCAAAGCGCACUACACGGGAAAUGCAGCCAGCAGCAUCUCACGACCUGCGUCGUCUAUGGCAGGCGCUUACAGAACCGCGAGCAGUGCCUCAUACGCUGCAGGCACCAGCAGUCCGUCCCGUAUCCCUGGUCCAUCGCCUCACCUCCCAUCCAAAGGAUUUGGUGCAGCUCCUUCUGUGCCGGGCUACGCUUCCGCGUAUGGCGCACGCAGCGUCACCACCGCCUCGGUCGGUUUGGCAGCGAGAACAGUUAAGGCGCAACGAGAGAGCUUUCGACCUCGUCCUUCGCUCGUAGCCAAAGUCCCACGUAACGCCAAUGUUGUAGGAAGCAGCGCUGCUGGGCCAGGUGUCAUCUCUCCAGGCAGAGCAAGCAAGUGGGGAGAGAUGGGUCCUCCGCGGUGGCCGGCUGCUGGGCAGCCAUCGAACAUAAACCGCGACGUCUCUUGCGUGUCCAACAGCUCGAUCCACACCGACAUGACGACGGUUAUCCAUCCAAUGGCAGGUGGUGCCACGCAGAUGGCGAGACCCACCGAGCCCAUGAGGAAGGCGAGACGUGCACCGUCCAUGUCGCUUGAGGCGUGUCUCGCCAAUCUGGCAGCUACGUCUUCGCAAGGCAAAGCGAGACUCGGCGAUGCAGGCAGAGACUUGGGCAUAUCGUCGAUUCGCAGCGUUUCGUCGUCGGAUGACAUUGCCAAUCAGGUUGGCGAAGUGGAGGACCACGAGAGCAGCGCCAGAGUGAGGGGAUGGAAGGACGGAUUGCGCAUCGCCGAUGCUGGGGUGGAUGACGACGUCGAUGUGAAUGCUGGUGCAGCGCAGACCUUGCCUAGAUCGGGGAGCAGCAACUGGGAGUUGGUAGGCGAAGCCGAACCCGAGCCGACAUACUUUGCUGAUCAGCAAGCAGCUUUGACUGCGUGA